AUGUGCCAAUUGAAUCAUCUGACUCAGAAAGCCAAUGGUCAAUCGUUAGCGCCCUCAGAAAGGAAUGUGUGUCAAUCCCAUAAAAAAUGUCCCAUUUGUCUGCAUCUGUAUACUUCUACAUCACAAGAACAUGUGAAACAUUGUGAGCUUCAAUAUUGUCCAAAUUGUUCGAAGGAAGUGAACAUUUUACAGCACAAAUGCUUCCUUCAGUCCAUUGAUGAUGACAAUGAUAAGAAAAACAUUAUCUUUGUGUACUUUGACAUUGAGGCGCAUCAAGACACUGGAAACCAUAUUGCAAACCUAUUAUGUGCAGAAACAGAUCAGAACAAUCAACAAUUCACCUUUAGAGGCGAACAAUGUGUUGAGUCAUUCCUUCAAUGGGUUCAUACCCUAGCUAAUGGCGAAACUGUAGAUAGAGUUAUUGUGGUAGCCCACAAUUUCAAAGGCUAUGAUGGUUAUUUCAUUUUGGAGGAACUUUACAAACAACAUACAGGCAACUUGCAACAAAUUGUCAAUGGAGCCAAAAUUCUAAGUUUGGAAUUACCAAAUGUCAAAUUCGUCGAUUCGAUGAAUUUCUUCCUCAUGGCAUUGGCAAACUUUCCCAAAACAUUUCGACUGAAUGAACUAAAGAAAGGCUUCUUCCCACAUUUCUUCAACACGCAAGAGCAUCAAAUCUACAAGGGGUACAUGCCAGAUAGAAAGUAUAACGACCCUGAUGGUAUGUCUCCAACACGCAAACAAGAAUUCGAGUCAUGGUACGAUGAAAAAGUAUCACAAAGAUACAUUUUUAAUUUUCAAGACGAAAUCCUAACCUACUGCCAAUCUGAUGUCAGACUCUUGAAGCAAGGAUGCAUGAAAUUCCAGGUGCAAUUCAAAGAAAUUUGCGGGUUUAACCCGAUGAUAAAUUGCAUCACCAUCGCAUCGGCCUGUAAUAUGGCAUACCGCAAAAAUUGGAUGUCAGAAAAUCAAAUUGCUAUCCAACCUGUCCAUGGCUGGUGCACCAACCAUAUUCAAUCCCACAAGGCGUUAACAUGGCUCUACUGGGAGGAAAAACAACUUACCAGAUCCGACCUCCUUCCACGUAUUGCCCAUGUUAUGAACAAUGGUGAAAGAAAGUUAAAGGACGGAACCAAAUCAUUUCUGGUAGAUGGAUACAACGAGAAAACGUGUACCAUCUACGAAUUCCAGGGGUGUUUUUACCACGGCUGCAUCACAUGCUUUCCCAACCGUGGUAUGAAACACCCCUACUAUCAAAAUAAAACAAUGAGGGAUGUUCGAGAAGAAACCAGAACGAAAAUCGAACGCUUAUCCCAGUUGGGAUACCAUGUAAAAGAAAUGUGGGAAUGCGAGUGGAACCAGGAGAUACAAACAGAACCACGCAUCAAUGAAUUUAUUGAACGGUUAGACAUUGUUACACCAUUAAACCCCCAUGAAGCCUUCUUUGGUGGGCGAACGAACGCCAUCAAACUCCACCACAAAGUACAAGAUGGUGAACAAAUUAACUACAAUGACAUGAUUUCCCUCUGCCCAUGUGCUAAUUUGGAAUGCAAUUACCCUGUUGGUCAUCUGCAAUUCAUCGAUCAACCCAGAACCACAGAUGUCAGCAGGUACUAUGGGUUGGUAAAAUGUAACAUUUUACCACCUUAUGAACUCCAUCAUCCUGUUUUACCAUACAGGAUAGAAUCAAAACUCGUUUUCCCAUUGUGCAGAACCUGUGCGCAAGAACAGUUGAAACAACAUCUAACCCAACGCAGCAAAAAGUAUCCGCAUUCCCCCCAGGAACGAUCUCUGACUGGCACAUGGACAACCCUCGAACUUGAGAAAGCAAUUCAAAAAGGAUAUAUUGUUACAUACAUCUAUGAGGUGUGGCACUUUAAGGAAAAAUCCAAAGAACUCUUUUCCCAAUAUAUUAAAACGUUUAUGAAGAUCAAGCAGGAAGCCUCUGGUUGGUCAACAGAGUGCGACACUGAUGAAAAGAAAACAAACUGUCUACAAGAAUACAAAGAUCAUGAAGGUAUUCACCUUGACCAGGUAAAAAUGGAAAAGUAUCCUGGUCUACGUUCCCUGGCCAAACUCAUGCUGAAUUCCUUCUGGGGGAAGUGUGGACAACGUCCCAACCAAACCCAGGUCACCACGUGCGCAAACCCUUUGCAAUUCUUUCAGCUCAUCACAGAUGAUAGAAAAGUCAUUCACAGAAUCGAGAUUGUGAAUGAACAUAUGAUUGAAGUUUUUCACAAUUUCCAAGAAGAAACCAUUCCCGUACAAACAAACGUGAAUAUUUUUAUUGCUUGUUUUACGACCAGCUACGCCCGUUUGAAACUGUAUGAUGCCUUAGACACUCUACAAGAAAUAUUAUUAUACAUGCACACUGAUUCAGUCAUCUAUAUACAGAAGCCUGGUGAACCUUCUAUCCCAACCGGAAAUUAUCUCAGACAGUACACCAACGAACUAGAUGAAGGUGACCAUAUUGUGGAGUUCGUGGCGGCAGGGCCAAAGAAUUAUGCUUUCAAUACCAAGCAGGGAAAGCAAACAUGUAAAGUCAGGGGAUUCACACUCAAUGUGCGUGGUCAGAACAUACUCCAUUUUGCAAGUAUGAAAGAAUUGGUACUAAAUGAAUUACUAAGUGAAGAAGAUGAGGAGGAAUGUAUAUACACUCGACAAUCCGCACAAAAUUACCAGAUGUGGCACGUCCAAAACCAUAAAAACCAUUUCCCAAAACAAGAAAUAUAA